AUGAGACACCAUGAAGAAGACCGAACCACCUUCAUGACAGGUGGUGCUGUUAAUUUAGAAGACUGCCUGCGGUGGUCUCGGAGACCUGAGGGCGGGGCCGGGAGCAAGCCCCGGGCGGUGGGGAGGGUACGCUUCCCGCGGGCGCGCGGAGUGACGACAGUGACAGCCACGCGCGCGCGUACGCGCCGGACUGCCGCGCGGCCCCGCAACCCCAGUCAGCCACUAAGAGGAGCGCGGAGUCUGGGCCGCUGCGGUCUAGGGUUCCAGUCCCGAGGCGUUCCCGGCAUCUUCGGCCCCAAUCCCGGAGUGCCAGGUCGCGCCUGCACGGACGAUCUCAGCUCCCUUGCCCUCCCUGCCGCCGUCUGGGCCCGCCCCCCAACUCCCCUUUCCGCCCGGGCAGGGUCCUCGCGGCCCAUGCUGGCCGCUGGGGACCCACGCAGCCCAGACCGUUCCCGGGCCGGCCAGCCGGCCACCAUGGUGGCCCUGAGGCCUGUGCAGCAACUCCAGGGGGGCUAA